GCAUUUACUGGAUAACCAUACAUAGACAAUAAAAGUUUCCCAAAUCAGCCACUUUGAUUCAACUGCUCCUUUUUUUCUAGUUUUUUUUCUUUUAUCUGUCCAUGGAACUUAACCGUUUAUUUAUUUAAUUUUUUACAAAAUUCAACCAUUUCUUUUGACAAGGAGCUCAAGGAGUUUUUCUCUUUUCUUUUGGUUUCCCAGGGUAGCUUUUUUAUUAUUAUUAUCUUUUAAUAAUAAAGGAGUUCUUAGAAUUCAAAAUAAAGUAGAAUAUAUAAAUUUAUAAGUGUCAUUAUUAAUUAAUCAUUGAACUACGUAUAGUAUAUCUCUACUAAUUCCAUAUUUUUUAAAUCCUGACAAAGAAGAGGACGAAAGACAGCAAAAAGUAUCAUCAUAAACCAACUUAUUAACUGACAUUUAAAAAAAAUACUUUAAUAAAAAAAUAAUAAAAUUUAAAUUGAGAAGGAAUUACACUAUCAUAUCUGUAUUUAUAUUCGUCCCUAAAUACCGCCACCCUCCCUCUUCAAAAAGCAAAUCUCUUUCAUACACGAACGCUCUCUGUUCUUUCUUUCCUUUCUUUCUUUUAUGGAACACCGACUCAAGAUGCGAAUCUCUCGCAUAUUUCGUGGCUCCUUUACCUCUUGUCGGACCGGAAAUUUAUCGGACGUUGUCGAAAAACCUCUCUGUGUCCCUCAAAACAGUCACCGUAACAAUGACUGCUUCCAUUUGAUGGAGCCUUUGCCAGCUCCUUAUCAUAAAUCUCGAGUACCCUUCCGUUCCAUUUGCAGAUCAAACUGCCCUGAAACAACAACAAAAGCCAUUACAGAUUCUAUCUUUCCCAGACAAAAAAUAUCCCGUCGAUAUCCUCCUUUUGUAUCGGCUAAUACUAAUGGUAACAGACAUACUUGCCCUCCUGCAUCGCCUGCUUCUCCUUUGACGAACCCAUUCUACAAAGAAAGAAACAAGAACAAGAAGAAGAAAAAGAAAAACAAUAGUUCCCAUGUCAAGCUUAAUAAUAAUAGUAGAAGGGACGUGAGUUUAUUUAGCUCUUCUUCUCAAGACAGUGCUUAUUUUGAAGGUUGUUACUGGUUUAGCAGUGAAGAAGAAGAAUCAGAUACACUUUUCUCUUCAAGAAGUCUCUCUUCAGACUCAUCAGGAUCUCAUCGCCACUACCGUUCUCGCCGCAAGAAGCACACUUAUUCUCGCCGGAGAAGAACUGCUGCUGCUGCUGCCUCUACUAAGGGUAGUUCUGUUCUGCCAUUGCAUGGAAAAGUGAAGGAUAGCUUUGCUGUAGUGAAGAGUUCUAAUGAUCCAUAUAAUGAUUUUCGAACAUCAAUGGUGGAGAUGAUAGUCGAAAAACAGAUAUUUUCAGCAAAGGAGCUUGAGCAGCUUUUGCAGUGUUUCUUGUCGUUGAACUCUAGUCAUCACCAUAGGAUUAUCCUUGAGGUGUUUACAGAGAUUUGGGAGGCCUUGUUUUCUAACUGGUCUUAGUCAAUGAUUAAGAAACAAAAACAAAAACAAAGUACUUUGUUUUCUAUUGUGUUGUAGUUUUAGUGUUCUAACUAGGAUUAUGUUAAUGGAUGUUAUGUUUCUUUCAAUCUUUUCAACAUAUUUACUUUUA